AUGGACCCUGAACUCAUUGACUUUAUUGACUGGCAAAAGAUUUUAGUGGUAGUAUUCCCACAUGGUUGUACUCAGAACUAUCAAGCUAUUUCUCUUGGGUUUGAUUCUUCAAGAAAGGAAACCAUGGAAGCACUUGAUGCUUCAGGGUACUUAAAAUCUGUUAUAUAUGCAUUAGUAGAUAUCAUAAAACAAAGUUCAGGUUGUUACCCUCUUGAAGUUGAUGUUAGAACUCCAAGGGGUUUAGCUAACAAAAGUGGCAUCCAUGAUGGAGGUGAGUUUGAUCUGCUUGAUCCAGGUGCUCUAUUGGGAGGUACAACUGGCCUGUGGUUGUUAUCAAUUCUUUCUUCGUGUAGUGAGGGAAACACGCGUAUUAUAGUGGAAGCUGGGGUACUUGAAGUUCUCUCAGACAAGCUAGAGAAAUAUACUUUAAAUUCACACGCAGAGUUUGAGGACACCGAGGGCAUAUGGAUAAGUGCUUUACUAAUGUCAAUAUUGUUUCAAGAUGAAAAUGUGGUGUCAUCAUCAUUAACCAUAUGCAUCAUUCCGUUUUUAGAAAAUCUUCUCAAGUCUGAUGAAAUUCUUGACAAGUUCUUCUCUGCCCAAGCCAUGGCUAGUCUUGUAUAA